GAUUUUUUAAUCUUUUUUUGAGAAAAGUUUCUGAAUCCAUUUCAUAGAGAUUGCUCUUAAGAAUACAUUCACAGCUCUGUGUAAAUUGGGAGGACAGUAUAUUUACAAUCAUAUCUCUUAAGCAGGAAUGCCCAUUAGUUGCAUGUUUGAAUUGAUGUGAACACAAGCUGGGAGUGAGGAAUAACAUCCUCUUCCUGUAAAUUUCAGCACCUGUACUUGGGGCCCCAGUUCAGCUGUUUUUAUUUUAAAGAAAUCCAGUUUCACGUUAUGCUAUUGUGAACAACUCUUGGCUAAAACCUUCAGCUCAGCAGUAGAAGGUUCAUUCUCAGCAAUUUUCCUUUUUUUUUUUUUGCCUUAUCUCCUGUGUACCCUGUGCCUUUGAACUGUUUGUGUCACUAAGGGAGACUGCUUUGCUUUCUGUUUUACUCAAAAGUGCAUGUGAACUGGAGGAGCAAGUGGAGAAUGCAGGUUGUGAGUUGUUGCUGUUGUAAUUGUAGCCAUGGGGCGUGUUCAGGAAGGAGGCUUACCGAACUGGACUGACCUGAAUGAGCUAUUUACUUACUGAAGCAAGGAACUAUUUUCAGAAGCUAUACCAAGGAUCUAGCAGGAAGAAAAGGCACCUGUUUUGUUUUGUUUUCGAUUGUAGAUUGAACAAUGUUUGAAAAUAUGCUGAGUUAAGGUACCACUGGGAAAUCCUAACCACCUGAAAACAUGAAGAAAGGCAUAAAGCAGGGAACUUUAACUAAACUGCUGGGAAGGAAACAUCCCUCCCCUUCUCUCUUCACUCCAACUCCUAUGGGAGUUAGUCCAUUGAACAGUGGGGUAACAGAUAUACAGGACUUGGAUAAAAUCCUGAAAGCUACUUCCCAGGUAGGCGACAGAAAUACCUCAGCAUCUGAUACUGGAACUGCAAGGGUUAAAUCUCGGCCAACAGUAAAGCUGUUUUCACAAUCACCAAGUAAUAUUUAUACCGAGUCACAAGGACUAAAUGUCCCUACUCCUUCUAUACCAGAUGGUCUCAGAAGUUACUCAACGGGGAACACUGAGUCAGUAAAUGAUGGAGUGGCAAAUGGAAAUCUCAGCCAUCACCUAGGGGAGUAUUUUCAUCAAAAUGCACUUUCAUCUACAGAUGGCUUCAAUGUCCCGCCACCACCAAUGGAGCCACCACCGCCACCUCCCCAGAUGCCGCCACCACCACCUCCGCCAAUAGAUCCUCCUUCACCACCAGGUUUUAGCCCUCCAAAACCUCCCUCAAAGGCAGCAAUAAGUCAUCAACCUGUGUUCUCGUAUGGUCUUGCAGUACCACCAGUAAGCACACAACCUAAUGUUCCUCCACCACCACCACCAUCUGCAGCUCAAGGAAAAUCAAUAUUAGGAACUUCUGUUUUUCCAAAAUCAGGCUCUGGUUUGACUGUUGAGACACCUACAUCUACCUGGAGACUACCAAAUGGCCAACUUCCACCCCCUGAUCAGUAUGUUAAUCCAUCUAAGUUUAAGCCUCCCCCACCUCCUCCAAAGCCUUCAUCCCAGCAAGUGCUUCCAAAAACUAAUAAGGUUCCACCUCCAAAACCCAUUAGAUAUUCAUCAAUGCAGAACCUGGAUAAGCUAACCGAAUCAUCUUACCAAACUUCUAGGCACGAUGCACAAUCAUUAUAUGAAUUAGAUCUUCAGCAGCCUCAAGAAAAAUCUGCAAUACUGUCGAGUUUUAAUCCUAAUAAUGAAGCAAAACUUUUUGUGCCUUCAAAAUCAGAAAAGAAAGCCAUCUCAGAUAGACAACUGAAAACAAAAUCUAUGAUAAUAAUGGAAGAUUUCGCUGUGGAAGGAUGUAAUGAAAAUAUACUGAAUGCUGAGCACAAUACAGAGAGUGCCAUAAUAAACAGUGGACCAUCUGAAAUAAGAAGUAUAAAAUCUGAUAAUUCAACACCGCAGAAACCUGUAAGAAAAAAUGGGCCACAGUAUCAGGCAGGAUCUGAAGAUGCUCUCAAUCCAUCCACUGAUUCCUAUUCAAGAAGUGCAAAUGUGUGGGAUGACAGAAACAAGGAACUGUUAGAUGCAUCAAAAAAUAUGAGCACCAGCAAACACACAAACAAUCCUACAGUAUCAUUUACACAAACAUUACCUUCCCAAUCAGCAGAUUAUACACAGGUAUUGCAGGUACAAGAUGUAAGAGGAUUAUUAGUGAAUGCAGAUAUGAAGGAUGAAGAUGAUGAUGAACCUAUUGAACUGAUUCAUCCCUUAACUGGAUCAAAACUUGACCCUAAUUCACCAAUGGGUUUGCUUUUGGCUGCAAAACACCGAGCUUUGAAAGCAGAAAACAACACAUCGUACAACCAUAGCACUCUUGAUGCACACAGUGUUGGUAGGCCAGAGCCGUCAUCUGUCAAAUUUUACUACAAUGACUCAAAACCCAAUUCUAUUACAAUUAUUCCCAAAGCCCAACAAAAUGAUAACUAUUCUGUAGCUUCAGAGAGUCUGCCAGAUUGGCCAGUGGGAAAAAAUCCUGUUUAUAACAAUAAAAUACCAGAGGUGAAUAAGAAUUUAAAACUUUCAGAACUUAGUAGUAUUCCAGAUACAACCACCAUGGAAUCCCACAGAAAACUGGAAGAGAGACAACCUUCUGCAAAAACAGAAAAAACAACUGCAUCUCAGUUGGUUCAAAGCAUUCUAGCUAAACAUAAUGGUCCAAGUUUAGCAAAGGACAAUGAAACAAAUGUGUCAACAUAUGCUUUCCCAAUCCCACCACCUGCUCAAUUUUCUGGUAGAGAUGAUGAGGGUGAUGAGGAAUUUUUGUUUGAACCAAUUCCACCCCCACCAGAGUUUGCAGGUGAUUUUUCUGGAAGCCAUUCACCAUCAAAAGAUAAGAAGGAAGUUAUUGCUGAUACAGUUCUUUUAAGGAAAUCUCCCAUUUUUAAUUAUUCAGGCAGUAAUCAAGAUGAGCCACGUGACCCAAAUUAUUUAAAACCAAAGCAUUUGGAACCAAAAGUGUACUCUGCUACCUCAAAUCAAAGUAAAAUCAGCAGUUACAGCUCACACAUCAUAAAACCAUUAAACCCAAACACUUCUCAGUCAUCUAGUAACAGUUCUGAAAAGUCAUACUCAGUGACAGUAAACCCAAAGCCCACCACCCAGAAUGUGUACUCCAGAGACCACGGUAAAGGGGUGAUGUCUUCAAAUUUUUCAUCUUCUACAUAUAGUUAUUCCUCUGGGCUUGAACAAAAGAUCCAAAAGAACCAGAGUCUGGCCCAGAUAAACAGCAUGGACAAUAAACCAUCUUAUCAGGACACACGUCUGGCAUCUGCUUCAAAAAUGAUGGCAUCAAAGGAUGAAAAUAAAAGUGCUCCAGCAAGCAGGGAGAUUCAAAAACCUCAGCAAAAUAAGAACCAGCAAACCUUUGGGAGAACAUUUGUAAUACGCCCUGGAACAAAACAACCUAUGACAGUCUUAGAUCCUGAAGGACAGCUGUAACUUUCUUUAGUAUUGCUUGCCAUGAGCAAAAUAGCACUUUCUUCUUUAUGCAUCAACAUGUAUGUGCACUGUGCAGUAUCGUAAGAUGUUCUCAACUCUUACAUACCAGUUAUGAAGCACUUAACAUGCCUCCACUGUAAUUUACUUAAAACAGAACUUGUGAACUAAUGAAGAUCAAUCCUCAUUGAUUUUUGUUAACUGGAAACAGUGACUUUGGGAAUUCUGCAUAUACUGAUGUGUCCCUGUUUCAACAACGCACAUUCCAAAAGUCUGUAAUGUCUGUUCAGUCCUAUACAUAGUUGUGAAUUUUUUUAAAUAUUUUUUCUUCCUUUAUUUAACUGGCCCUCUGUUACAUGUCUUGAGACAUUUUAUUGAACUUCUUUGCCAUAUUCCACACUGGCUGUUCAAAUAGAAAAGCAAUCUGUACCUUGUUUAGAGACAGUGAAUGUUUUGUGUUUGUGGUUCAAAAACCAUACAGCAGAAACAUAAUGAAAGUGAAUGUUUAUCUCUGUUACUUCAGUAAUAUAUCAAUUAAUUUCUGUGCAGUAUGAGACUUAGUUUCUUAAAAUAAAGGCUGUGGUAUAAUGAUUUAAAACUCAUCUUUGAGUUGCGAAGCUCAAAGCUUGAAAGAACUCAGCACUGAGGAUGCAGCCUUACUUUAAGCUGUGUGUCAUCUUUUGAUAAAGCCAGCAACUGAAACAGAUAUACAUAUAUUUCUCUGGAAAUAAGAUUCCUUCCAGUAGGACUGUUCUUUGACAAUAUCCUGUUAAAAAGUCUCUAUAUAUUUUAUAUUGUUUCUGCAGCAAAAGAGCAGAAACAAGGCUGUAAAAGUAACCUGUACAGUAGAAAGAUAACUUUGCUUCAAGUCUGUAAAUAAUGUUUUAAAAUCUUAAUGAUGUAUUUGUAAACUAAUUGUAUAUUAAUCUAAAUAAAAGUGUUGACAUUA